AUGAAAAUCCAGCGAUGAAGACGAGCCUAUAAAUUGAUUGGCCUUCGGCUGCAUUCAGCUUAGUCCAACUGCAGUUCUGACCACAAUAUCACCAGAGAAUGCUCAAGCUCUUCGUGCUAUUCGCCCUUUUGAGUGGUGGCUUAGCCGCCACUGUUAUCUACCAUCACCCGGUGAUCUAUCAUCAUCCUCUGCCGGUUGCCUCCACGCCCCAGGAGUUGGCUCAGCAUCCUGGCUACACCAUUGUGGCACCUCUUACCAAGAUUGCCCACGUCACCUACGAUUCGGUGCCCAUUUCACACACGCCCUACGAACAUGUUCCGCUGUUCCAGAGGAUUGGUCAUGUGAAAAACAUAAGGUUCUAGCGAUGUAUACCCUGAAAAAAAAUAGUUUAACUUAUAAAUAAAAAUAUACCAUAUAAUAAUAAUAAUAAUAAUCAAUAAUCCAUUACGUUUUACAUUGCUCCUAUCACUGAUGAAUUGGUGAUGACUGAUUCCAUAAAACCUACCUAAAAUCCGUAAAUUUAUAAGCCGCUUAUAUGGUUUUAUAAGCUAUUAUAUAAUAUCCGCUAAUGGUGUUCGAUUUUUAAGAGCAGUAUUAUUUUAAAUUUUGAUUUUGGAUGGUAUAAUCCAAGGCAGCUAUUAUAGGAAAUACCACUAAAAUUCUACCAAGUAAACUUCCUCAAAGAAACAAA